UUGUCCGCUCGAACGCGCCCAGUCUGUGUGAGCUGUCAGAUUAGCUAGAGUUUAAUCCGUGGUUUUACGGUGAGAACGCUAGUUAUACCUGGAACAGGGCUCAAUAACCGGGAGGAAACGCAGGUUUGAAAGCGAUAGAUUUUAUGGAUGAGUAGCUAAUCUAAGUAAUCCAAGCCAUUUGAUAAUGAGAUGUCUGAAUAACGUUAGCAUUCAAAUGGCUUGCUAGCUAGCUAGUGAUUUAUCAAUCUGAUAGACAUCUAACGUUAGUUUGCUUUUAAACUCCUAAAAAGGUGGAAAAUCGGAUAUUCCACGAAAUAUUCAAGAUUUUUGAUACGCGGAACAAGCAGUCCCGGUUUUGAUGGUCCACUUCAAUUUGUGACAUUUUGCUAACGAGCUAGCUAGCUAGUCCGUGUCAAUCGGGCAUAGCUAGUUAGCUAUUGUAGCUAAUCAAAUCAGUCUUCUCGAAAAUAAAACAAGUCUCUCUUCAGUCUCAACAUAACGUCAAGACGGUGUAAACAGCUAGCUAGUGCUACAAGCUAGCUAGCUAGCUAGCUCAUCAAACUUGGUCCUGAGUUUUGAGGCCAAGCGAAACAAUCAUGUCUGGAAAAGACAAAGACAAGGAGAAAGCCGGAGAAAAACAAUCUACAACUGAGCGGCUCGUAAAAGCUGUGCCGUACCCUCCACAGCAGCGUUUGUCUAUGAAGGAGCUGUUUGAGGAUGGCAAGCCCAACCCAGAGACCCUCCGAACCCACCUGGUGAAGGAGGGCCGGCUGGAGGAAGAAGUGGCCCUCCGGAUCAUCAACGACGGAGCCAACAUCCUGCGACAGGAGAAAUGCAUGCUGGAGGUAGAGGCACCCAUCACAGUGUGUGGAGAUGUCCACGGACAGUUCUUUGACCUAAUGAAGCUGUUUGAAGUUGGAGGCUCGCCCAGCAACACACGCUAUCUCUUCCUCGGAGACUACGUAGACCGAGGCUACUUCAGUAUCGAGUGUGUGCUGUACCUCUGGUCACUCAAGAUCAAUCACCCGACCACACUCUUCCUCCUGCGAGGGAACCAUGAGUGCCGGCACCUCACAGAGUACUUCACCUUCAAACAGGAAUGUAAGAUUAAGUACUCUGAGCGCGUGUAUGAUGCCUGCAUGGAGGCCUUUGACUGCCUGCCCCUCGCUGCUCUCCUCAACCAACAGUUCCUGUGUGUACACGGCGGUCUCUCCCCAGAAAUCAACUGCCUAGACGACAUUAGGAAAUUAGACAGGUUUAAGGAGCCUCCAGCUUUCGGCCCUAUGUGUGACUUGAUCUGGGCUGACCCAGGAGAGGACUACGGCAGUGAAAAGACAGCAGAACACUUCAACCACAACUCAGUGCGAGGCUGCUCCUACUUUUUCAGUUACCCGGCUGUAUGUGACUUUCUGAUAAAUAAUAACUUGUUGUCGGUAAUAAGAGCACACGAAGCACAGGAUGCAGGGUAUCGUAUGUACAGAAAAAGCCAGACUACAGGCUUUCCUUCAUUAAUUACAAUCUUCUCAGCACCAAAUUACCUAGAUGUGUAUAACAACAAAGCUGCUGUAUUAAAGUAUGAGAACAAUGUGAUGAACAUUCGUCAGUUUAACUGCUCCCCCCACCCCUACUGGCUGCCCAACUUCAUGGACGUCUUCACAUGGUCUCUGCCCUUUGUUGGAGAGAAAGUGACAGAGAUGCUGGUGAACGUGCUGAACAUCUGCUCUGAUGAUGAGCUCAUGUCGGAAGGAGACGACCUGUGUGAAGAAGACGGUGGAAUCCCAGCAGUACGCAAAGAGGUGAUUCGGAAUAAGAUCCGAGCCAUCGGUAAGAUGGCCAGAGUCUUCUCUGUUCUCAGGGAGGAGAGUGAGAGUGUGCUGACACUCAAAGGACUGACCCCCACUGGGUCGCUGCCUCUAGGAGUGUUAUCAGGGGGCAAACAGACCUUGCAGACCGCUGCCGCUGAGGCCGCGGAGGCCAAAGCCAUUCAAGGCUUCUCUCCCACAAGGAAGAUCAAGGACUUUGCGGAGGCACAGAGCCUGGACAAAGUCAACGAGAGGAUGCCCCCACGCAAGGAUGGCCAGCAGCCAGUCAACCCAAACGCCCCCAAGAACGGCACAGACUAGACCUGGAGAGAGAGACCCUCUCAUCCCCACCAGCCCAUGGCCCUGUCUCAUACACCCAAACUGUCUUUCUGUCUCUCUAACUCACUCCCUCCUUCCCACAUUCUCACGUAAUCUCUCUCUUAAUCUUUAUUUUUCUCUCUGUCCCAUUGAGAAUCUGCCCUCAGCUGGCCUAUACAGUUGGACAGGCACAGGACAUGUGGGUAGAAAAGACAGCACAGCACUGGGAGAAUGGUUUCAGCCACCAGCCCAUGGCCCUGUCUCAUACACCCAAACUGUCUUUCUGUCUCUCUAACUCACUCCCUCCUUCCCACAUUCUCACGUAAUCUCUCUCUUAAUCUUUAUUUUUCUCUCUGUCCCAUUGAGAAUCUGCCCUCAGCUGGCCUAUACAGUUGGACAGGCACAGGACAUGUGGGUAGAAAAGACAGCACAGCACUGGGAGAAUGGUUUCAGUACAACAUAUAAAAAAAGAAACAUAUUUUAUUUAUUAAAUUAAUUAUAUUAGGUAUAUUAUGUCAUAGCUACAAUUUAAUGAAAUCGUACAUUUCUAAGAUGUUUAAAUGUAUAAGCAUACUGACCUUAUAACAAUGGUACAGUGAGGGAAAAAAGUAUUUGAUCCCCUGCUGAUUUUGUCCGUUUGCCCACUGAC